UCAUCUCCGGUGCCAUAAAUAACUCCAUCCUCCUCACAUCUUAAGCCAUCUCCACACACACACACGAUUAUAGAUCUUAGGAGAACAUACAACACAAAAUCAGUCUUGGCAGCUCAAUGACGACCACCACCAUGUCCAUUUCCUCCUCGACCUUCGCCGGCAAGGCAGUGAAGAAUGCGGCAUCAUCGGCUCUCUUCGGAGAGGCCCGUGUCUCAAUGCGCAAGACCGCGGCGAAAGCCAAGCAAGUUUCCUCGGGCAGCCCAUGGUAUGGCGCUGACCGUGUUCUCUACCUCGGCCCACUUUCUGGUGAGCCUCCAAGCUACUUGACUGGCGAGUUCCCUGGUGACUAUGGGUGGGACACUGCCGGGCUCUCGGCUGACCCCGAGACAUUUGCCAAGAACCGUGAGUUGGAGGUGAUCCACUCCCGAUGGGCUAUGCUAGGUGCGCUGGGCUGCAUCUUCCCCGAGCUACUUGCCCGCAAUGGUGUCAAUUUUGGAGAGGCUGUGUGGUUCAAGGCCGGCUCCCAAAUCUUUAGUGAGGGCGGACUAGACUACCUCGGCAACCCCAGCCUGGUUCAUGCACAGAGCAUCCUUGCUAUUUGGGCCUGCCAAGUCGUGCUCAUGGGUGCCGUGGAGGGGUAUCGCAUUGCUGGCGGCCCACUUGGUGAGAUUGUCGACCCACUCUACCCAGGUGGUAGUUUCGACCCCCUCGGCCUUGCCGACGACCCAGAGGCAUUCGCGGAGCUGAAGGUGAAGGAACUAAAAAAUGGCCGUCUUGCCAUGUUCUCCAUGUUCGGCUUCUUUGUGCAGGCCAUCGUCACCGGCAAAGGCCCUCUCGAGAACCUUGCCGACCAUCUUGCCGACCCUGUCAACAACAACGCAUGGGCUUUUGCCACCAACUUCGUACCCGGGAAGUAAGCAGCUGUUGACGGCUGUGAGUUGUAGCAUUAUCAGACCUACAUGCGAUGUAGUUUGUGUGAUUUGGUUUGAUUUGUACUACCACACGAUGUAAAUUACGAGGAUUUUCAUGAAAAA